AUGAAUAAGCUUUUCAGCUGCUGGAAAAGGAGGCAUGAGACCCCGAGCCGUACCUCCUCAGACCUGCCCAUAGGCCAGACCUACAAGCUUCUAGAUAAGGAUGUAAAGAAACUUCACAGAGCUGCUUCACUCGGGGAUUUGAAGAAGCUGAAGAAAUACAUUCAGGUCAAGAAAUAUGAUGUGAACUCGCAGGACGAAGAAUACAGAACACCUUUGCACCUGGCCUGUGCUAAUGGACAUACAAAUGUUGUACUUUUCCUAAUUGAGCAGAAAUGCAAAAUAAAUGUCCAAGAUAGUGAAAACAAAUCCCCAUUGAUUGUGGCAGUACAGUGUCAAAAAGAGGAUUGCGCUAACAUUCUUCUAAACUAUGGUGCAGACCCAAAUCUGAUGGAUUUUUGUUACAAUACUGCUCUUCACUAUGCAGUUUGUGGUAAAAGUUUCUCAUUAGUUGAAAAACUGCUUAAACACAAAGCUGAUCUGGAAGCUAAAAAUAAGGAUGGGUGUACUCCACUAUUACUUGCUGUUAUUAAAUGUAAUCCAAAAAUGCUAAAAUUUCUUCUGGAUAAAGGGGCUGAUGUGAAUGCUACAGAUAAUUAUCAAAGAACAGCUCUUAUUAUUGCUGUCAGUGGUGAAGCAACAUGUGUACAAAGAAGUCUUCUUCAGAAAGGUGUGGAAUUAUCUUGUGAAGAUAUAUAUGGAUUAACAGCUGAGGAAUAUGCUUUUCUCAAUGGUUUUACUGUGUAA